GUCUGGAGCGGUCCGGGUGAGUGUGUCGAAACUUGAUGGCUUCUACAGGGAGGCAGGCCUCUGAUACAGACAACAUUUUUGGAUUCUUCAGUGAUGGCCACCCCCCCGCCAAAAAGCCCAGGAAGCUGCUUCCAAGCUUAAAAAGUAAGAAGCCUCAGGAGCUUGUGCUGGUGAUUGGGACAGGCAUAAGUGCCGCGGUGGCCCCUCAGGUUCCAGCCCUGAAGUCCUGGAAGGGCUUAAUUCAGGCCUUACUGGAUGCUGCCAUUGAUUUUGAUCUUCUAGAAGAUGAGGAGAGCAAAAAAUUUCAGAAAUGUCUCCACGAAGACAAGAAUCUUGUUCAUGUUGCCCACGACCUUAUUCAGAAGCUGUCUCCUCGUACUAGUAAUGUUCGAUCCACGUUUUUUAAGGACUGUUUAUAUGAAGUAUUUGAUAACUUGGAGUCAAAGAUUGAAGACUCUGGAAAACAGCUGCUUCAGUCAGUUCUCCAACUGAUGGAAAAUGGAGCCCUGGUACUGACGACGAAUUUUGACAAUCUCCUGGAGCUGUACGCAGCCGAUCAGGGGAAACAGCUGGAAUCCCUUGACCUUACUGACGAAAAAAAGGUCCUGGAGUGGGCGCAGGAGAAGCGGAAGCUGAGCGUGUUACACAUCCAUGGGGUCUACACCAACCCCAGUGGCAUCGUCCUCCAUCCCGCUGGGUAUCAGAAUGUGCUCAGGAACGCUGAGGUCAUGAGAGAGAUUCAGAAACUCUAUGAGAACAAGUCAUUUCUCUUCCUGGGCUGUGGCCAGACCGUGGAUGACACCACUUUCCAAGCCCUGUUUCUGGAGGCCGUCAAGCAUAAAUCUGACUUGGAACAUUUCAUGCUGGUUCGGAAAGGAGAUGUAGAUGAGUUCAAGAAGCUUCGAGAAAACAUGCUGGACAAAGGGAUUAAGGUCAUCUCGUAUGGCAAUGAGUAUGCUGAUCUUCCAGAAUACUUCAAGCAGCUCACCUGCGAGAUCUCCACAAGGGGCAGAUCAGGGACGGCGAGAGAAGGUCAGCUAAAUGGUUCGUCCGCAGCACACAGUGAAGUAAGAGACCGUAGCACAUGAGAGGGCUCCAGAAGUCACCGCCGUUAGACCAAGCUCAGAGGCCCUGUCAUGGACAGUGUUUAACAGUAAACUUACAAGAACCCAGUACAGCUCCUGGAAGAAGCAAAUCCCAGGAAUUGAAGGCUGGGGCUUUGGACUGUAAGCGGGGAGAGGACAUUCCAACAGCCCUUCCUGCAGCCAGUUCUUGGGCUGUUUUGUCC